GAUGGAAUCCCCCAUCAUAACGUUGGAUGAAUUGCCUUCUGAUGUUUUGAUUUACAUUUUAUCACACGUUAGCUUCAGAGAUAUAGUCAGCUGCUGCCAUCAGUGCCAGCGUCUUCGCUCACUUUGCUCCGAUGAAUUGCUCUGGCGUGGACAAUGCAAGUGUGUCUGGCUCUGUGACAGCGUCGAGGGAGGGUCGUCAUGGAAACAUCAGUUCAUGAAUAUGUACAAGGAGUUCGGGAAAUAUGUGAACUGUUACAGACGCAUCAAGCACUCCUGGAACCAGAUAGAGAAAUACUUGAAGGAGAAAUGCCCCAUGAUUUAUGGUUCUCUUAAAGAGGGCACCACGGAGGCAGAGUUGGCAGCAGUAGAGGAGAAGAUGGGAGCAACAUUGCCAGCCGACCUGAAGUGUUCAUAUAGAAUCCGUAAUGGACAGAAGCUGUCCACGACUAACGGAUUAUUAGGAAACAUGGUUAUCUCCAGCCACUACCGCACAGAGAUUCUGCUACCUAUAGAAACAGCAGCUGAGGCAUAUCUGGUGAGAUGUCCACCAAUCCAAUCUAAAUUAAUAAUUCCGGGAGAUUGCCUGAGUUCUUACAGGGGACGCUUAGUAGAGAUUCGAUCUUCCAUAUCCACACUUACUGAUUCACCUUCAAGGUAUCCGUAUGCUUGCGUGUUGUGUCAGGCCUCGGGCUCUGGGGGUUGUAAAAACUUUACAGACUGGCUGGGAAGUUAUGCUGAUGAUCUCGAGAGGGAUUUGUUCCCGGUUGUUGGUGGAGCGAUUCUCAAGUUUCCCUACGUCGAUGAUUGCGUGGAAACCACCGGUAGCUUCACAGUGAGAGUUGCUACGUGUUUCCUACCAGAACUCAGUUCCAUCCACCCUCCUCAUUUCUUCUUCACCUACAGAAUAACGAUGAGCAUGAGGAUAGAUGCGCCUGUGUCGGAGAUCUGUCGUCUUUACACGCGUCACUGGUUCAUCACGGAUGCUGACGGCAAGGAAGAGACUGUCACAGGACCAGGUGUCGUUGGUGAGUAUCCUGUGAUGAGACCAGGUACGCGCUGCAGGUGGAUCAGCUGCACAACCAUCAACACAACGCAGGGCAGCAUGCGCGGAUUCUUCACCAUGAAAAACCUAAAGACAGGUGAGCCGCUGCAGAUUGGCUGUCCAACAUUCCACAUGCAAACGCCAGAACUAGAGACAGCAGCCGAGAGACAGAGUCGGGUCACACAGAAGGACAGCGGACACAGAGUGACAGUGCAGGCUGAGUGACAGCGGACACAGAGAGACAGCGCUGGCUGAGUGACAGCGGACAUGGAGGGACAGCGCAGGCUGAGUGACAGCGCAGGCUGAGUGACAGCGGACAUGGAGGGACAGCACAGGCUGAGUGACAGCAGACACGGAGGGACAGCGCAGGCUGAGUGACAGUGGACAUGGAGGGACAGCGCAGGCUGAGUUACAGCAGACAUGGAGGGACAGCGCAGGCUGAGUGACAGCGGACAUGGAGUGACAGCGCUGGCUGAAUGACAGCGGACAUGGAGGGACAGCGCUGGCUGAGUGACAGCGGACAUGGAGGGACAGCGCAGGCUUAGUGACAGCAGACAUGGAGUGACAGCGCUGGCUGAGUGACAGCGGACAUGGAGGGACAGCGCUGGCUGAGUGACAGCGGACAUGGAGAGACAGCGCAGGCUGAGUGACAGCGGAUACGGAGGGACAGCGCAGGCUGAGUGACAGCGGACAUGGA